AUGUGGAACGAAUAUCGCAUCACAAAGUUUCAAAUUUCGGAUAUGAUUUUAACACACUUACGUCCUCAAGCGACGCUUACUGAUGACUCUCCCGGCUAUAAGGAUGCUAGAGCACAAUGUUUAAGGGCUCGAAGCCAGAUGGCACAAAUCUCUGAAGACAUAUGCUGCAGUGUUCCAUAUAUUCUCGGCCUACUUAAUCAGGAGCACCGUGACUCUCCGCAUCUUGAACCAGCCGUAAGAGAUUCUCAUGGUGCUUUUGUCCUCCUCUGGCCUCUGACGGUCGCAGCACUUGCGCAACUAUACCCAUCUCCCACCUCCGACUUUGUGUUCGACUGUUUGGAUCUCAUCUCCAAUGUCAUGGGUAUUCAGCAAGCCACUGCUUUUCGAAAUCUGGUUAUCUCUUCUUCUGCGCAAUAUACUUGGGUUGGCAAUAUUUGA